UCUGCAAAUUUAACAAGACUUUUUUAUUUGCAUUCACUAUCUCUGUGUAUAAAACUGGAACAUCGCAAAAAAGUCUUAGUGAUAAUGGCGUUCCCUCAGCGUUUAGUACCCCUCGCCUUAUUGCUUCUGGCUUUGACACUGUAUUCAGUCUCACCUCACGGAAUAGUCCGCCGCAAAAUCUACGUCAUCAGAAGUACCGGACCACAUGGUCUUGUUCUAGACGCCACCAACCCAUCCCUAUUAACCGUCCAACAUUUCACUGGUUUCAAACCCCAACUAUGGACGUUCGAACCCGGAAGCAAACCCGGGUUUUACUACAUAAUAAACGAAUCGCAGGGGAAAGUUCUAGAUUACAACAGACCAGCUAGCUGGAAUCUCGUACUAGCAAAUCGUGACAACUCCUUGCACCAACAGUGGAAUCUUGACUCCACUGGGAAGAUCACGAAUGCGGCUCUAAGCAAAAACAUCGAUAUCUGGGGGGCAACUUUCACCCCUGGGACCCAAGUGGGACUGUGGCACGACGGGGAUUAUCCCAAUCAAAAGUUCGCCCUGGAGGAAAAGUCUUAAUGUUAAAUAAUUUGUUAAAUAAGUUUAAAUUUAUGUGUACAAACUUAUUCUAAAAACCUCAUGUCUACAUUUGUUGAUAAACUUGUACAAAAACAAAUAUACGUAAGAAAUCUUCGUUACGCAAUCAAUAAUAAUAUAAUCAUAGACCGGAAUAAAACUGUUUCCACGAAUUUGGCAAAUGUUUUCUAUUUUCGUUCACUAUCUGUGUUUAUAAAAACCAACAAACAAAAAUCUCUCAAUCGUUAUGGCGUCCCAUCAGCGUUCAGUACCCCUCACUUUAGUGGUUUUAUUUGCAACCCUCUGCCACAUCGCCUCACCUUACAGAAUACUUUACAACAAACUCUACGUGAUCAGAAACAGCUGGCCAAACGAUCUCGUCUUAGACGCCACAAACCAGUCCCAAAUAACCAUCCAACCUUUCUCCGGUCUUAAAACCCAACUGUGGAAAUUCGAAGCUGGAACCGAACCCGGUUUAUUCUACAUAGUGAACGAAUACCAGGGGAAAGUUCUGGAUUAUAACAGACCAAACAGCCGGGCUCUGAGGGUAGCAGACCGCGACAAUUCCAAGGACCAACAAUGGAUUAUUAGCUUCACUGGAAAAAUUACCAAUGCACGUACAAAAAAGAACGUCGAUAUCUGGAGGAGGGACUACAGUCCUGGAACCAAAGUGGGACUGUGGAGCGGGACCGGAUACCGAAUCCAAAAGUUCGCCCUGGAUGAAAGUUCUUAAUGUUGUGUUUUUCUGAGUUGUUUAUUGUUCAAAUUUUUAUGCAAAUUUAGUUUAUAAGCGUCUAUAAAUAUCAAUUGGGGAUUUUUUAGUCUGUAGUACGGUAAAUUCCUGACUGAAACUAAUAAAUAACGGCAAAAGAAAGAAUAUUGUUUCGGUUCAGCGUCUCGCGAGAGCGGCACACCCAGAAAUUAUCGUGCGAUUCGCUUAGAUUUUGUGCCGCCUACACAAUACGGUGUUUGUAGUCGAUGUGGAUAAAUUCGCCUGAAACCCCCAAGAGAAUUAUUCCUGUCGUGAUGGCGUCUCCCGAAAAUUGCAUCGUACCAUUCGUGUACUGUUUCUUGCUCUGUUUAAUUAGAGCAACUGCGCAGACUUGUAGCGAUAAUCGUGUCACUACACAGUGCAGCGAUGAUCUUCUCUACGUCAUAAGAAGUACCCACUUGAAUGGGUUAGUGUUGGACGCCACCAACCAGACUCAACUAUCAGUGCAACAUUUCACCGGUUUUGGACCCCAAUUGUGGAAACUUCAGCGUGGAUCAAGACCUGAUUUAUUUUAUAUAGUGAACGAGUACCGAGGGAAAGUCCUGGAUUAUAAUAGACCAGUUAGCUGGAGUUUGUUAGUCGCAGAUCGUGACAAUUCCUUGCACCAACAGUGGGUUCUUGACUCCUCGGGAAAAAUUACUAAUGCAGUACUUAGGAAAAAUGUCGAUAUUUGGGGAGCUAAUUUCACUCCUGGAGCAAUAGUGGGACUAUGGGACGAUGGCGAUCAUCCAAAUCAAAAGUUCGUCCUAUUGGAAAAAUCUUAAUUUUUUUUUUGCUUUUUUUGUUCUUUAUUAAAUAUUCUUUUCAAGAUUA